UAGUUUAUUACGAUUGUGAAUGACGUCUAAAACGAAGAAGCAUCAAUCAGCUGGUUGCUAAAAUAAAAUAAUUGCAUGCAAACUGGUUUUGGAUUACACGUACUUAUUUUUCAUAAUUCGUCGUGCUCAAACAAUUAUUAAAAACUAAUAUCUUUGGUAAUGUAAUAAUGCGAUCCGGGCGUAAGCACAAGAAGAACUUUAAACGCAGUGGUUCAAAUUACUUGAGCAACAGUGUGACUAGUCCCGUAGCUAGUUCACAUACCACAUUGAGAAAUAAAUCAAGAGGGAAACGAAAGAUACGCAAUCCAUUUAAACGGCGACUAUCUAAAAAACAAAGUAAAAUAUUAUCAAAAAAGCUAAGGGGUAACCACGGCGACUCUAUGGAUUCAAGCGAAUCUAGUCCUGACGUCACAGUCAUAGAAGCUACUAGCGUUCCAAUGCCGAAAGUGGAUGAGACACCCGUAAUCAGGAAUAAGCUCAAAAGCGUUGUGUUUAAAAAGUUUCGUGACAAUACGGAACGUCGCUUAGACUUACGUAAAAAAAGGCUUAACCGUAAAUCUUUUGACGGAGAUACAACAAGUGAUAGCCAAAGAAUAACAAAGAAGCUUUUGCGCUCCAUAAAACGACGCCACUUACAGAACCCAUAUAACUUGAUGCAAGUGCAGCGUGAGAAUAUGUUGAAACGUAGAUUACAUCUGACGAAUACUUCUACAAAAGUACUCAAGCCAACUAUAUCGCACAAUGUAACUAUUGAAGAAGGAGAAAUAAUAUCUGAUGAUGAAGUCAAUCAUAGUCAAACCAAAAAAGCUCUUAAUACUAAACCAUCAGGGACCUCAGCUGUCGAAACUGAUGAUGACUGUAUUUGUAUUGAACCGCAAAUAGAGCAAAUUGUUAUUGAUGACGAUUUGCCAGAAACAUCUCGCUCUAAGCGCAAAAAUAACAUAUCAUCCGGUUACGUUUCUUUACUACAGGGCAUUAAUGACCGCGAUAGUAAACUCACUAAUAAGCUAGUUACAUCUACCCCGUACGGUGAAGGAUCCAAGCGUCCAGCUGUGCGAAAUUCAACACAAUGCAAUGAAAAUGAUAUUGGUGAUUUAACAGGGCUGUUUUAUGAAGAUGUAUCAAUUAUAAAUCCGCUGGAGACUAUAAUUUCGGAAGAUACAUUCACCAAUUAUACCAAAAUGUCGACAUUGGUAGGUGAAGAGCGAAAAGCGAAGAAGAAAAAACGGAUUGGAAAUAAAUCGCAAAAGCAAAGUGCUGACAUUUCGAAAGACUUUCUUACUUUGGAUGAGACAUUAAAAUUAGCAAACCCAAAUGAGGAAGAGAACGAAAAGGAAGUCACCCAAACGGAUGACUCAGUGAUAUUUAUUAGUGAAACGGUUGUAAGAUCAGACAAGCCUGCACCAAUGAUGGAUUAUGUGCCGCUGAGUAGUAAUGAUGUACCAAAUCCAAUUUUCGUGCCAAAGAGUCCGCCGCGUCCACCGAGACUAGCAGCUAUAAAAAGUGGACUUUUCACAAACAGUGAAAAGAAGCAGCUAGAUGCCUACAACGACAAUACGUAUAAUCCAAAUGCUGAUGAUCCCAAAGCACGGGAAAAACGAACUUCCAAGCGCUUAGUACUCAUCGAUGGCUGUAAUGUAGCCUUUAAUCAUUCGCUUAACAGAGAAUUUUCGGUAAAAGGCUUAAAAAUUUGUAUUGAAUUUUUCGAAAAAUUGGGCCAUGAAGUCAAAGCUGUUUUGCCACAAUUUCGUAUGCACAGAUGUUCCGAUUCUGCUGCCAUGACCGAAUUACGUAACGCUGGUAAAAUUGUGGUUACACCUUGUAAAAAUUUGCCAGGCAUGUUUUCUUCUAGCUAUGAUGAUCGUUUUAUCUUACAAUUGGCUGCCGAAAUGGAUGCAGUCAUUGUUUCAAAUGAUAACUAUCGCGACCUGAUUAAUGAAAAUAGGGCCUUCAAAAAACUAAUAGAGAACCGUGUUAUUGGUUUUACCUGGUGCAAUGAUCUAUUUAUGGUAGCCAAAGAUCCAUACGGCAAAUGGGGCCCGCCAUUGCAUAUCAUCCUAAAUCGAACGUGAAUCCAAUAUUCAUUAAGUCUUCUAUAAUCUAGUUUUAGGCAUUUAAAUUCUUAUUUUAUGUUAACUUUUUACUGUGCCUGUAUAUUUAUGUAUAGCUUUUCAUUUUUAGAUUCAUACAGAAUUUUUUUUUUU